AUGAAAGUUGAGAAGAAAAAGAAGGAUGAAAACUCGAGAGGGGAGAAACCCGAGGAGAGCAAGUAUAUGCCUGCUCUACCUUUCCCUCAAAACCAAAGUAGAGAAAAACUGGACAAGCAGUCUGGGAAAUUUCUGGAUGUGCUGAAACAGGUUCAUGUAAACUUACCAUUCACAGAAGUUCUCUCACAGAUGCCUACUUAUGCCAAAUUCUUGAAAGAUAUCCUUACGAAGAAGAGGAAGAUAGAGGAAACCUCAGUGGUCAAGCUCACAGAGCAUUGCAACGUGAUAUUGCAAAAUAAACUCACACAAAAGUGUGAAGAUCCAGGGAGUUUUACAAAAGUGUGGAGAUCCAGGGAGUUUUACUAUACCUUGCUCUGUAGGAACUAUUAUUUUGAUAAAUCUGUAUGUGAUUCUGGUGCCUCAAUUAAUUUAAUGCCUCUAUCUAUGUACAGGAAACUAGAGAAGGAGAUGGGAGAGGUAAGGUAUGUGCCAAUAUCUUUACAGUUGGCAGAUAAAACAACUACAAUACCCGAGGGAAUAGUGAAAGAUGUGUUAGUUUGGGUAGAUAGGUUCGUAUUUCCUGUGGAAUUUAUAGUGGUAAAUAUGGAGGAAAACAGGGAGGCCCCCCUCAUCCUAGGAAGACCAUUCUUAGCGACGGGUAGAGCUAUAUUAGAUAUACACGAGAGGAAACUCAUGCUUAGAGUGGGUGAGGAGACUGUGACUUUUAAGAUGGAUGUAGAAAAGGGGGCACAAAAGGACAAGUCAUCUGUGAGUGUUGAGUGGAAAGUAAAGGGUUCGAAAGAGAAGGCUGUGGUGAGCGAGAAAGAUAAGUGUGGGGUGUACCCCAAGAAGGCCGAGAAGAAGCUGUCCGCAUGGAUGUGUGCAUUAGUUCGGAGGCGAGGGAUGGAGCCGACUUCGACUCAGACCCCGACUAGAUGUUUAAGGAAGUUUCCUUUACCUUAUGCUUUUUAA